CAUCGACCUCGGCAUCGACCAGGGACAGAAGGGCGGAACAUCGUUGUACAUCUGAACCUGUUUCGUGUCUUCCUUCGGAUUUCAUCAGCUAUUCAGCUACAGGGGACGAUGAAUAGAACUGGACCAGAAGCAUUCGCGAGACUUGCUCAGCAGCUCAACAGAGCCAGGCUGCAAGCGACGGGUGGAGGAGGCGGAGGAGGUAGCGGCGGCUCAGGAGGAGGAUUGCCAGGUGGGAAAGGCAUCUUGGCCGGUGGUGGAGCUUUGAUCGCUCUCGCUGCUGGAGGUAUCGCCUUGAACUAUUCACUGUACAACGUCGACGGAGGUCAUCGAGCCAUCAAGUAUACACGUUUAUAUGGUAUUCGGCCUGAUAUCUACCCCGAAGGAACUCACUUUGUCAUCCCCUGGUUCGAAACGCCCAUCAUCUAUGAUGUGCGAGCGAAACCCAGAAACAUCGCCUCGUUGACGGGAACGAAGGAUCUGCAGAUGGUCAAUAUCACCUGCCGUGUCUUGUCUCGACCUUCUGUCAACGAUUUGCCGACAAUAUACCGAGAGCUCGGUACCGACUAUGACGAACGAGUUCUCCCCUCCAUCGUCAACGAAGUCUUGAAAUCCGUCGUUGCUCAAUUCAACGCCUCGCAACUCAUCACUCAACGAGAAAUGGUUUCUCGACUGGUACGAGAGAACCUGACUCGUCGAGCAAGAAGAUUCAAUCUGAUCCUCGACGACGUCUCCAUCACCCACGUUGCGUUUUCCCCAGAGUUCACACAUGCCGUCGAGGCCAAGCAAGUCGCCCAGCAGAUCGCUCAACGUGCUGCCUUCUUGGUCGAUCAGGCCAUCCAAGAGAAACAGAGUAUCAUUGUUCGAGCCCAAGGAGAAGCUAAAUCUGCCGAAUUGAUCGGAGAAGCAGUCAGGCAAAACAAGGGUUUCUUACAGCUCAGAAGGUUGGAAGCCGCGCGAGAAAUUGCAACGACGUUGAGCCAGAGUGGAAACAAAUUGAUGCUGGACGCCAAGAGCUUGUUGUUGAACGUGGCCGAGGAUGACGUUUUGAAUGCGACGAAUCUUAAAAAGCAAUAAGGACACGGGUUCCAUAUUUUCGACACUCCCUCCAAUGACAGACAUGCAUCAGACAUCCCUGUG